AUGGUUGCGCUACGUAACUUGGCAUUGUUGCUCUACGCCUUGUCUGCAGUCCUCGGCCAACAGUUUACGGACUAUGUCUUUCCGUACGAGAGCAUAGGUUUGAGCACCCAAUGCCUCGUUGCAGUCAACACCACGGUCAGGACCUGCCCUGCCUCGUUCGUUGAGAACACGGGACUGCCUGAUGUUAGUUCUGCGUCCAGUUUUGAGCUUUUGGACGUGACAAGCCUAAAGACGCUUUGCGAGAGCACAUGCCGGGAUGACCUAUCCAAGUUGAGACACUUGAUCUCUUCCUCUUGCACUACAUCGCAAGACGUUAUGGCUCCACCACCAGGCAACAUUGCGUACCCAGGUUCGCUCAACCCGUUCUUCCAUCAAUCGCAGCAUCGAGAAACGCGUUCGCUUACGCAUGUGUGCCAGCAACAUUUGUCGUCGAUAGACUUCUCUUCGCGGCGGGGAUUCAUUGCCUCAAAGACUCACCUGCACAGGGCCAGCGGCCAUUACUGUGACUUAAUUGCUGCACAGGAGCGGAACCAGACAGAUCCGCCGACCAAUGCUCAAAAUUGCUCCGAAUGUGCCAUUGCGGUGCAAGCCAAGCAGCUCGAGUCCCCCUUCGGCUAUAACCCGGAUGCGGCCUCAGACUUCGCCUCUACUACCUUAAGCUGCGCUGUCAGCACAUAUGGCUAUGCCACGCCCACGAGCUUUGCGCGCAAUUCCACGUCAGGAGACCCCCUUCCGGCACCGACCUGCGCGAGUGGCAAGACAUACGUGAUCCAGGAGAGCGACAGCUGCAACAGCAUUGCUGCUGCGCAAAAAGUUUCGACCGAGGCCCUCAUUAGCGUCAACGGCCUCGAUGUGACCUGCAACUUUAUGCCCGCCGUCGGCACUUCACUUUGCUUGCCUCUGACCUGCAAAACCUACCAAGUACAGCCUGACGAUAGCUGCGCUGGCAUUACCGCGGCAGAAAACAUCACGAUGGGCCAGCUGCUUGCGUGGAACCCAAUUAUCAGCCCCGGGUGCACCACAUUGACCGGGUGGGUUGGCAGAUACAUCUGUUUGAGUUCCCCUGUCGGCACCGUGCAGGUCUCCAACGGCAGAAGCGUGACCACGGACGCGCCCGUCCCGAGCAAUGCACAUGGCUCCUCCAACACACACUGUGGGCAGUGGUACACGAUACGCUCCGGCGACACCUGUGCGUCGAUCUCGCUCGCCUUCAGCAUCACUCUGGACGACUUGUACUUCCUCAACGCGGGCGUGGACAACAAAACUUGCAACAACCUUUGGCUGGGCUACUCCUACUGCGUCAAGCCCGUGGGGACCAUUGAGACCUAUCCUGACUGUCCCGUCACCGUGCCUAGCACCACCUUUGCGAAGCCUUCGCCCGAGACACCCUCUUCCAUCCCCUCGUUUGACCCGCCAGCCCUUUUGCCACGCGCUUCGGGCACCAUCGAUGGCUGCGAUCUUUAUAAAAAUGCGUAUCCGGAUAUUAUUACGAGCAAUAACGCGGACCUCAACAGCUGCCGUAUAUGGGCGAGCUUCUCCGAUAUCACCUUGACGCAGCUGGUACGAUGGAACCCUAGCUUGAAACAUGACGAUGACUGUUUUGUGUCCUCUCAGUACAGCUACUGCGUUCUCAAGCAAGAUGAUAUGACGGGUGAGCAAACAACCACAAUUACACGAACCCAUUCUCGCUGA